UAUAGUUGAAAAGCUUGAGCGCACUGACCGAUCAACUUAUAUAAGCACAUACAGAAACGGUCAUCAACCCAUUUCUUAAUUCUUCUUCUAUGUUUAAUUUGCAGAGGAUAUAUAUAUUAAUAUACACUGAUCAUAUAUAGAUCAAUGUUGAAGGAGAACCCACCUCAAAACGGGACCCAAUAUUCAAGAAGAACAGGACCCACAAGUUGGAAGAGCAGGUACACCAUUGAUCACGAAAGUGGGGAUCUGGUAGAGUGUUCAGGCAAGUAUUGUAGAUCAUGCACAGCUGGGUGUAUAGGUGAUAGUUUAGCUCUCUGUUGUUGCCCUUGUGCUCUGGUUAAUCUUUUCGCUCUAGCUUUUGUUAAAGUUCCAUGGAUGGUUGGAAGAAAGUGCUUGAAAAAAAUACUCAAAAAGAGAAAAAUUAGCAAGAAAAUAAGAUCAAGAAACAUGGAAAUCAACCAAAGAUCAUCACAGUCCAAGAAAAGUUGCAGUAGUAGUUGUGAGGAAGCUGAUGAUCAAGAAAUAGCAGAAGAAGAAGAAGAUUAUGGGAAUUUGAAAAAGGGAAGGGUAGAAGAUGGAAUUUUGAAAAUAUUGCGUGGUGGUGAUUACGAGAAUGAAGAGGGAAAUUUGGGUAGUGCUAGGUUUGAGGCAGAGAGGGUUUGGUUAGAGUUGUACGAAGAUGGUCAUUUGGGUUUUGGUAGGGUUUCCUUCACUGGUUAAUGUUAAUAUAUUAACGUACAUUCUUGUAUUGAACUGUAAAUUUUUGAAAUUUUUUGAAGGAUGAAUUUAUUAA